CGGCGCACCAAACCUCUCCAUCUCCCCCUCUCCCGGCAAAAGCUCCCUCGUUUCUUCUCAUUCCGGCCGUGACAUGCACGCCUUGACAUAGACGACUCCAGCGAGCCCUCUCGUUUCUUCUUCUCUACACACACCACACCAAACCCCGUCACACAUAGACUCCUCCCCGCAAAGAUAUAAAGCAGCUAGCUAGCGCGCACUUCUGGCCGAGAGGCGGCAUACCGUUCUUGAUCUAUGGUGUUGAGCGCUUGCGCGAUAAUGGAGGGCGCGGCGGCGGGUAGUUUCAGCGUGCCGUACUACGAGUGGCUCAAGCCGCGGUCGUCGUCGCCCCCGCUGCCGCCGUCGCCGUCGUCCUCCUCGUCGACGUCCUCGACGCUCUCAACGCCAUCGGUCGACCGGUCCGCCGCCGAUGAUGACCAUGGGCGCGAUGCCAUGAUGUGCCUGCCGCUUCUUGGCAGGCUAGAAGGGAGGGCAACGACUCCUGAUCGUGGCCAAAACCCUAUCAAAGAGGAGCUGAUGAGCAAUAUCUCUACCACCGGCACGCGGGGAGGGGCCGCCGGUGUUGACCUGAACAUCGGCCUGCCGGCGAUCGGUGGCUAUAGCUCCGAAGAGGCGCCCAUGGACGAGGAAGACGAUGAGGAGGAGGAGGAUUUUGAGGAGGAAGGGGAGAAGACAAGGACGCACGACAAGUGCAAGGAGGAGGAAGCGGGAGAGCGAGCGAACAGUGAGAUGGCGGUGGAGUCCGUCGAGGGAUCGGAGUCGGACUACCUGCGUGUGGGCGGGGAGGAGGGCAUCAAGGGCUUCGUCGGCAGCCGCGGCCGGCGGUACUGGAUCCCGACGCCGGCGCAGAUACUCGUCGGCCCGGUGCAGUUCAUCUGCCACGUCUGCAGCAAGACAUUCAACAGAUACAACAACAUGCAGAUGCACAUGUGGGGCCACGGCCGCGAGUACCGCAAGGGCCCGGAGUCGCUCAAGGGCACCCAGGCGGCGACGCUGGCGCUCCUCAAGCUGCCGUGCUACUGCUGCGCGCCCGGGUGCCGCAACAACGUGGCGCACCCGCGCGCCCGCCCGCUCAAGGACUUCCGCACGCUGCAGACCCACUACAAGCGCAAGCACGGGGACAAGCACUUCGGCUGCCGCCGCUGCGGGAAGCCCUUCGCCGUCAAGGGCGACUGGCGCACGCACGAGAAGAACUGCGGCAAGCGCUGGUUCUGCGCCUGCGGCUCCGACUUCAAGCACAAGCGCUCCCUCAACGACCACGUCCGCUCCUUCGGCGGCGGCCACCUCCCUGUCGCGCCCGACCAGGCGGCGGCCGUUCCGCCGCUGCUCAAGCACAAGGAGCGGAUCAUACGCUUCGAUCAGGCGGUUGUGGCGCCAUGGAAUGGAGCCCACGCCGCCCAUGCAUGACUACUGCAGGUUAUUUAACAGCACGUAUACGUAGAGGAGUAGAGUUACAUCAAUUGGAACAGGGUUAUGCAUCAUACUACUCGGAGGCGGCGUACAUAGACAAUAAGACUACUCUGGAGAUCGAUCGAGGUUGCUUUGGAGGCUGUGAAGUAGAUGAAUUUUCUUCCGAAGGAGAUGCGAGAGCUUCAGAGACUGGUAUAUACGGUUAAUGUCUCUAGCUAGCUCAAUUUGCAAGGGAGAAAAUUUCUCAGCUUCACAUGCCGAUAUGUAGGCAACCAUGUACCAACACAUAUCAUGCAUGCAUGAUUUAAUUUUAUGAAAUUUAGCACACAUGUUAAUUAAUUAGUUUAACAUCUCAUGGGUUGAAUAUUCGGUGGUGUAACUCAUAGGCAAACUUAUCCUGUAUUGGACUUGAUUAUACAUGAAUUUCUCAUGCACAAUUUACCUACCA